GUCGCCUUUAGCCAGCGAAGGAUGAACGGGGCAGUACGAACCAUGUAUAAACGAUCACUCAUAAACCGGAGCGGUUCCGGGAAUUGCAGCCGUCCAAUCGGUUGUAAGCCCGGUAGGUGUGUGUAUAAUUCUAGAAGAAUAUUAUACCAGAGGUGUAAUUACCUGCGAGGCUGUGACAGAGGUAGCACAAUUACCGGCAGCAUGGCUGGAGGCUGAAGGUGUCAACCUUCCCCGGACCUCCGACAAGCGUGGUGGCAAACUUCCCUACAACGUCAACCGGCGAGGAGAAUCAGUUACCAUCGCCAAAAUGCCAAUUCGCGGCCCCGUUUCAGUCAAGCAUUAUAAAAAGGAGACAGCCGAGGUUAUCAAGCUCGGCCCGCUGUUGUGCUAUAUUUUUGAAGACGGCAGCAACACCGAUAACCGCGUGGGAUGUGUGACCAUUGAGCUGCCCAAGGGCGCAAGCGGCCCACCGAUGCACUGGCACCGUUUCCACGAUGAAUGCUUCCUGGUGACCAAAGGCACUGUCAGAUUCGAGACUCCGGAUGGAAAUGUUGACGCUUCGGCGGGGGAACUCAUGGUCGUGCCCCCGAGGGCCGUCCACACGUUCAAGAACCCGUCUGACGAGGAGGAUGCUGAGUUCUUCAUGACCGCCACGCCCGGAUAUUACAUCGACUAUUUCCGUAUGCUAGCGAAGGGAACCGAGGAUGGAAAGAAACUUACUGCAAACGACUCUCAGCAUCUAAUGGCACUUUUCGGGACCUUCCCACCCGGCGUCGAGUCGGAACCAUAAACUUGCAUUUGACCAAUUCUGAUGAUAUUGGCAUACAAUAAAAAGAUCAUCCAACAGCCCUGCCCAAAUAGUGACAAUGGUUUGACCGUGUCUCCCACAAAGGUAUCUUUCUUGCUUGCCCCCACAGCCCGAUGACACCUGCGAAUCAUAGAAUGCUAGAUCGCAGUUGCUUGUCGCGCUCGUUCUUGCAAUCUCACAAUGGUUGAGACUCAAGCCGCCUUCCCGCUGAGUCUCCCUGACCGCCUUCCGCCCCCACCGCCGUUUGGCUGUUGAAGAGUAUCUGGC